ACGUCAUUAAGAGGUGGGCGUGGCCUGAAAGGCAAUACGGAAGCCUCCUGUCCAGCUUCUUUUUGACCGCCUGGCACGACACCACUCUGAGGAGGGAAAACCAGUUGCUUUCUCCCUUUUAACCCGCUCACCUGAUUUAUUUGGACACCUGAAGCUGUAACUCUGUCACCCCGGACUCUACGAUGCUCUCCCCGAGGUUCCUGCUGCUCCGGUCGGCUGCGUCCUUGACGACCAGGUCGCUCUGCGCUGGUGGGGUGUCGAAGCACGGCAGGGCGCCAGACAUGGCUGAUGGAAAUCCACUCUUACACGUGUCAAAUGUGCGGAACAGGCUGAGAGAAAUCGUAGGAGCUUCCACCAACUGGAGCGACCACAAGAACGCCAUGGCAGAGCGAGUGCUGCUGUCGUCCAUGUUGGCGAAGUCGCAAAACGACCUUCCAGCAAAGACGAUGAAAGACAGUUACCUGGAGGUUCACCUGCCUCUGGGCUCCGAGCCACAGCUCAGAGAGAAGUACCUGACCUUCCACAACACCGUCAGGUUUGGUCGUAUCCUGGAGGACUUGGACAGUUUAGCAGUUCUCAUAUCUUACUCUCACACCUACAACCCGGAGCUGAAGAGGUCUCCUCUGUCGAUUGUCACCGCCCUGGUGGACAAAAUAGACAUGAGGCAGCACAUCAUCUAUCCCGACUGCGACAUCAAGUUCACUGGUCAUGUGACGUGGGUGGGAAAGACGUCUAUUGAAGCCAAGAUGCACAUGUCACAGUACCGCGAUGGAGCUUAUUCCCCGGUCCUGGAUGCUACGUUUGUCAUGGUGGCCCGGGACCCGGAGAACAAGAGGGCAGCGUUUGUAAAUCCUCUGAAGCCGGACGGACCAGAGGAGGAGAAAAUCUUCCAGGAAGGAGAAGCUAAUAAAUCUCGCCGUGUGGAGCUGAGCACGGCGUCGCUGCUGAAGGUUGCUCCUACAGAUGAGGAGAGGAAGAUCGUCCACAGCCUCUUCCUCAACACCCUGGAUUCAAAGACGGUGAGUUUCCGCAGCAGAGUUCUGCCUCCAAACUCAGCGUGGAUGGAAGACGGCAAACUGAAAGGGCUGGAGAUCUGCCACCCGCAGGAGAGAAACAUCUUCAACAGGAUAUUCGGAGGUUUCCUGAUGAGGAAGGCGUACGAGCUGGGCUGGGCCAACGCCUGCUCCUACGGAGGAUGUCGACCAACUCUGGUGGCUGUUGAUGACAUCCUCUUCCAGAAGCCCGUGGACAUCGGCUCCUUGCUGCUGCUCUCGUCACAGGUGUGUUACACGCAGGGGAAGUACAUCCAGGUCAGAGUUCACAGCGAGGUGUUCGACCCGCUGACCCGCCAGCACAACACCACCAACGUCUUCCACUUCACCUUCGCUUCAGACCGCGACGUCCCCAACAUCAUCCCACAGACAUAUGGAGAGUCGAUGUUGUACCUGGACGGAAAGAGACACUUUAACCAAACUGUGGAGCACUGACAGAUCAAAUCUACUUCCUGCUAAAGCCAUUCAGCGUCUGACCAAUGAGGUCUAAGAGUGUGUGUGUGUGUGUGUGUGUGUGUGUGUGUGUGUGUGUGUGUGUGUGUGUGUGUGUGUGUGUGUGUGUGUGUGUGUGCCAUUAGUAUAUCGUUUUAUAUCACGCUUUGCACAUUAUUCACAUCCCACCUGGUGACAUUUUGAUUCCUGUUACAUUGUUUGUUCUGGUGGUUUACGUUAACUGUUGUUUGGAUCACUACAGCAGAAACAAAAAGACAGCUUCUAUUUUAUUUACUCAGCGUUUACAGCGUCUCUGCACUCACAUUUUACAGAAGAAAACCAAACAAAUGUUUGGUUUCCUGUCCUUGUCGUAACCUCAUGAAUCUCUGGUUCACUGUGUGCAUGACGCUACAAUAAAAUCUGUUACAUUUUUAUAUUUUACUGUCGCUUACACGCACAAACGCCUUUACUUUUGUUUUUUGUUUGGAAUGGGAAGCUUUAUCCUGGAUGUGUCUGACAGCUGCGAAAGGAACGAUGGAGUCAUUGUUUUUAGCCUUAAGUUACUCAAAUGCAAUAAAUGAAUUAUUUAUCCUGA